AUGCCCCCACCAUCGAACCAAAGAGCCGACAUUGAGCCCCCGGCCGAAGUCACUACUCAAGCUAUGAUGGGCUUUAUGACCGGUGUUUUCCGCUUCGGCUCUGUAUCAAUCUUCGCACAUAUGAUCAUGAACCUGCCCCAUCCCUUCAUCUUCGCUCGUCCCGGUCCACCAACUCCGCAAUCACAACCUCGGCCGCGUCCGUCUGUAUUCUCGCGCGAGUAUAUCCGCUCGCGCCUUUUCUACCGGCCUCUCGAGGGAUUCUCCGAAUGGAUCUCGCCUGGUUCCCGUGUGUACCGUGGUCUGACGCCUCAAUUCAAAGUCUUUCUGCAAAUCGCCGCUAUGACACUGGGUGGCUGUAUCUGGGCCGAGCGACGAGUGACGGAAUAUAUUGAAUUGAUGCGUCGGAUUAAAAGAGCUGAGCGGCUUCAAGCCGAGCGCGAACAGGGCUCCCGACCGUAA